UUGGCGCCCCCCUGCUCUGUUCAGCCUAUAUAAGGCUCGCCGUCUCCGCUCCCGGUACACGCGCCUCAACUUCGGUUGGUGUGUGUCGAAGAAACCUGACCACGACCUGGGAAGAGCGGAGAAGGUCCACCGAGCCUCCGAGAGGUCCGCUGAGCGGGCUCGCGUCCGGAUCCACUCCGGGCUGCGGAGCACCCAGUGGACCCCACGCCUGGCUCAGGUGUGGGACCUCGUCCAUCCUGCCUUCGCAGAGGAGUCCUCGCGUGGUGAGUAUGCGAAAUAAGCGGGUUUUGAGAACAAAGAGAAGAAGGGGUGGAAGAGGGGGCCAGGAUCCAGGCCUCCACCCCCAAAGAAGUGAAGUUGCAGCUGGGAGGUCUCCUCCCACCCCGAUCAUCACCACCAUGGGUCCCGCCGACUGCCCUCCUCCUCCUCCUCCCCCUCCCCCCCACAACAACAACAACAACAAGCCCUGCGGCCAUAACAGCUCCUGCAUGCCCAACAUGACCGAACGCAGGAGGGAUGAGCUCUCUGAGGAGAUCAACAACUUAAGAGACAAGGUCAUCAGGCAGUCCGAGGAAAACAACAACCUGCAGAGCCAGGUGCAGAAGCUCACAGAGGAGAACAGCACCCUUCGCGAGCAAGUGGAGGAAGAAGCGCCCAUCCCUGAGGAAGAAGAUGAUGACCUUGAGCUCCAGGGAGCUGCAGCUGCUGCCCCCCCACCCCCUCCGAUUGAGGAAGAGAGCCCAGAAGACCUUCCUGAGAAGUUCGACGGCAACCCAGACAUGCUCGCUCCUUUCAUGACCCAGUGCCAGAUCUUCAUGGAGAAGAGUACUAGAGAUUUCUCAGUUGACCGUGUCCGUGUCUGCUUCGUGACAAGCAUGAUGACCGGCCGUGCUGCCCGCUGGGCCUCAGCCAAGCUGGAGCGAUCCCACUACCUGAUGCACAACUACCCAGCCUUCAUGAUGGAGAUGAAGCACGUCUUUGAAGACCCCCAGAGGCGAGAGGUUGCCAAACGCAAGAUCCGACGUCUGCGCCAAGGCAUGGGAUCCGUCGUCGACUACGCCAACGCUUUCCAGAUGAUUGCCCAGGACCUGGAUUGGAACGAGCCUGCUCUGAUUGACCAGUUCCACGAGGGCCUCAACGACCGCAUUCAGGAGGAGCUGACCCAAGUCGAGGUCCCCAACACGCUGUGCGGCGUGAUCGGCCUGUGCAUCCACCUUGAGAGAAGGCUGGCCAGGGCCGCCGCCGCCGCCGCCGCUGCCGCCGCCGCCGCCGCUCGCAAGCCACGCUCCCCGCCCCGGGCCACUGCGGCCCAGCAGCAGGCCCAGCACCACCCCCAGGUCGACCCCACUGAGCCCGUGGGAGGAGCCCGCAUGCGCCUGACCCAGGAAGAGAAAGAAAGACGCCGAAAGCUGAACCUGUGCCUCUACUGCGGAAAUGGAGGUCACUACGCCGACAACUGUCCUGCCAAGGCCUCAAAAUCUUCAGGCGGGAAACUCCCCGGCCCCGCUGUAGAGGGACCUUCAGCGACCGGGCCAGAAAUAAUAAGGUCCCCACAAGAUGAUGCUGUCUCUUCUCCGCACUUGCAAGUGAUGCUCCAGAUUCAUCUUCCUGGCAGACACACCCUGUUCGUCCGAGCCAUGAUUGAUUCUGGUGCUUCUGGCAACUUCAUUGAUCACGAAUACGUCGCUCAAAAUGGAAUUCCUAUAAGAGUCAAGGACUGGCCAAUACUCGUGGAAGCAAUUGACGGGCGCCCCAUAGCGUCGGGCCCAGUUGUCCACGAAACCCACGACCUGAUAGUUGACCUGGCAGACCACCGUGAGGUGAUCUCAUUUGAUGUGACCCAGUCUCCGUUCUUCCCCAUCGUCCUAGGGGUUCGCUGGCUGAGCACACAUGACCCCAACAUCACAUGGAGCACUCGAUCUAUCGUCUUUGAUUCCGAAUAUUGCCGUUACCACUGCCAGAUGUAUUCUCCAAUACCUCCUUCCCUGCCUCCAUCACCACAGCCGUCACUUUACUAUCCAGUAGACGGAUACAGAGUUUACCAACCAGUGAGGUAUUACUACGUCCAGAAUGUGUACACUCCAGUAGAUGAGCAUGUCUACCCAGAUCACCGUCUGGUUGACCCUAACAUCGAGAUGAUACCUGGAGCACACAGUAUUCCAAGUGGACAUGUGUACUCACUGUCUGAACCCGAAAUGGCAGCUCUCCGAGAUUUCGUGGCAAGAAAUGUAAAAGAUGGCCUCAUUACUCCAACGAUUGCACCUAAUGGAGCACAAGUUCUCCAGGUGAAGAGGGGGUGGAAACUGCAAGUUUCCUACGAUUGCAGAGCUCCAAACAAUUUCACUAUCCAGAAUCAGUAUCCUCGUCUAUCUAUUCCAAACUUAGAAGACCAAGCUCACCUGGCAACUUACACUGAAUUUGUACCUCAAGUACCUGGAUACCAAACAUAUCCUGCGUACACCACGUACCCGACCUACCCAGUGGGAUUCGCCUGGUACCCAGUGGGACGAGAUGGACAAGGAAGAUCUCUCUACGUACCUGUCAUGAUCACUUGGAAUCCACACUGGUACCGCCAGCCUCCGGUGCCACAGUACCCGCCGCCGCAGCCGCCGCCGCCGCCGCCGCCGCCGCCCCCACCUCCGUCCUACAGUACCAUGUGAAUGCCUGUCAUGUCCUUCAGGAUCUCUGCCCUCACAAUUGAUUCCUGUUCAGCUUCUCAAUCAGUGACUGUGUGCUCAGUUAGGCUGCUGAAUCUUCAGGGCCACCCUGGACUGGCACACAUCAGAUUCACCAACAAUUAUCAAGUUUACUUUCCAGCCUGCCAAUCCUGGAAGCUUGAAAGCUCUGUCACCAGGUAAAUUAUAGGCUGCCAAAUUCCUCGUUUAACAUUUACAGAGAAGCUGAUGCAAACACAGGAAAUGCUGAUUUCUUUAUGGAGGGGGAGAAAAAGAGGAGGAGGACAUGACUUUUCUUGCAGCUUCGGUACCCUCACUGGAGGACCGAAGCCUUACAAAGGAAGCCACAGUACUGGUGCAGUGUGGAAAGGCUUCCGUGAUCUUCUUGCUGCACCCUUAAAACUUCACCAUCUUCAAACUCCAUUUGCAUGGUUCCCUUAACUCUCAAGGAGCAGCAACUCGACUAGUUCUCCCAGAAGCAGGCAAAAAGAAGCUGACACGAAACACCUCAGGCCUGAAGAGGAAUCAGAGCACUGGACACUGCCUUGAGGAUACAGGUUUCCUUCGCCAGCGCAUUCAGUGGGAUGGCCUGAUGGUAACCACUUCAGAAGAAUGGGAUGACUCAACACAAGAGUUGUCUUCAGUCCAGUGACACGUCUGGUGUCUCCUGGACGCUUUGUGCUAACCUGGGACUGCCUGACUUCCUUUCACCUAGUCCCUUGCUACUACCUUGAACUGUCUGUCUAACCUCUCUCUUUCUUUUAAUUCUUUACUACUGCCAUUAACCCUGCUGCAGGAUGUGUGUCAUCUUCCUGCCUGAUUGCUGAGACUCCAUUUUUGCUGCCAUGCACGGAGACGAGAGGCAGGCUUCAAUUGCCAAAACAUGGUUUGAGCAGUAGAAAACAACAUGGUUUUAUUUCAGAUUGUCUGUCAUGAAGAGGAGUCUGAUGGUGAAGUUUCAUUUUUCAUCAGCAUCAUCUUUCACAUACUCUUUAUCACCCACUCUUAUUCUUGCAUGUUUAAAUACUUUAAAACUUUUAGCUGUGGUAGUGUCCUUUAACAGUGUUUUAAAGUGAUGACUAUGCUUUCAAAAAUUUCCAUUGAAUUACAAAUUCUUAUUGUUAAACUAAGUAAAAGUGAUAGUGUAAGAUACUUCUCUACUGUGAACUUCUUACAAGACUGUGAAUGAGAUGCUCUUCAGAACUGGAGUAUUUGUAAAGUUUAUCCUAUUCACCUUCAAUUUGGACAUCACAUAAUUUUACUUCGAUCAAUUGGGCCUUUAAAAUUACACAAAAUGAUAAUUUCAAAGAAGAAACCUAAUUGGCUAUCAAUUUAAUACAAAACAACACUUUUUCUUCAAUGGAAUCAGAAAGCUUGUCAAUCACUCAUGUUUUUGAGUAAUUUUAAAAUGGUGCAUUUGUGCUUCUGGACUAUUUUGAAGCGUCAUUUCAGUUUACCUCAUAUCAAUUCAUCCUCCAUACAUUUGAAUUUAUGGUUGUCAGUUGAUCUUCAAGCUGCAGAGUGCCUAGAAAUGGGCAUGAUCUGCAGCCCCCGCAUGGGCACACGGACAUUUGCCAGCACUGCAAGCAAAAGUCUGGAGCAGUUGGCCAACGACAGGAACAGUCAGGGAGAGCAUGCUGAUGUGGGUUAACAACUCACAAAGUCCCUGACACAUUGACUGUUACUGAAGCUUGUGAUUAACUUUUUGGCAGUGUGUGCUAUGCUCUAUUGCUAUAUGUGCUAUCUAUAAAUGUUAGAUGUUAAGGAUAAGUAAUUUUAAAUAUAUUAUUCUAUAGUAUUAAAGUUUGGCUAAGUUUCCUUUGGCUAAGUUUCCUUUAGCUAAGUUUCCUUUGACUAAGUUUCCUUUGCUAAGUUUCCUUUGGCUAAGUUUCCUUUCACUUUAAUUGAUUUAUUUCAAUGCUGUUGAUCAAACUUUUAAUUGAAUCCUUUAAAAUUUUUGUGGCGUUUUCCACCAGAAAUGCCUUGAUUCAUAAGAAAGGAAAAAGCAAGGGAAUUUGAUGUCUGAAGAGUUAGAAAGGGAGCUUGAAACAAACUGACAAGAUUACUUAAUUGAUUUUGGCCAAAAUUUGCAUUGUUAAUUAAGUAAGAUGAACAUCUAAGAGCUCCUAUUGUUAGGCAAGAGAGAACUGGCUAAAGUCAUUAUGUUAGGAUAUUGAAACAGAAAGUUCACAUACAUUUCAGAAGGGUCAAUUUAGUAUGAACAAUGAGGUAUUUGUCUUAGAUGCUGGAAAAAGGAGAAUUAGUUUGAUUAAAUCAUGUGAAGUAUUACAGGUAACUUAUAGGUGCACAAAAUAAGAGGGGCACAUCUAUAUGGUGCAGUUUGGAAUUCUGUUUGAGUUUGCAGGUACCUCUUGGACUCCUGAAUUGAUCCAGUUGUCAUCCACCACAGACAUCUCAUAUCAGAUGCAGUUGCAAGAUUGACAACAGAGAAUACCCCGCUGGAAAAAGACCUGGGUGAAAUGAAGGACCACCUACAGAAAUGAAGAGCCCAGAGGGAAUCAUGCUACAUUUUCAUCUAAAGAGAGAACACUUAUUUGAUGGGACUGAAAGUUCUUUGUUGUUUCAGAUUGUAGAAUGCUGUUGAAUUGGUCUGUGGAAAAUCGCAUUGUUUUUAUUUCUUUAUGUAAUCACUUUAAGUAAUAGGGGAUAUAUGUAAUCAUAAAUAUUUUGGGGUGGGAGGGACUAUUAAUCUUAAGUGGGUGGGUUAUUUAGAAAGUUAGAAUGAUAUUAUGUAUUAGCUAUCUCUAUAAGUGGACAUGUGUACUUACUUAUGACCUUUUAUCCUGUAACUGCUUCCCUUAAAGAUUCCAAAUAAACAUGGGGGGAACUGCAGGGAGAACAAUCUAUUUAGAGUGAAUUGGACAUGGAUAAAACCCUAGUGGGAGAAAGUUCAAAGGUGAUUGGAUUAAUAAUUUAAUAGAGCCCCUAGAUUGAUGGAUAGACAUCUGGAAUGUAAUUGAUCAUCAUGGAUGGUAAAUAUUCAUGGAAGUUUUAGGAAAGUGAUGAAUAAACACCCCUGCCAGAACCCCUCCCCCUCCCCGCCUCCUCUCCUUACCCCUGCCACUCCCUACCCCACCCCUUCUUCAAACUAUAUUGCUGUAUUCUCUUUACUCUGUAUUUCUCUCUAUUUACUAAUAUUGUAUUGCUAUUAUAAUAAAAAUUCAAUAAAGAUUUAGUGGUUAAGUGCAAA